AUCUCUAUUAUAGAGGAAGAAAUAGAGGUGGGUUGGAGCAAUUUCACCUCUAAAUACUAUUAUAGAGGUGAAAAUAGCAAUGGGUUGGAGAUGCUCUAAGGCACAACCACCGGAGAAGUCCAACUUUACCCGGAGAUGUAGUCUGCUCAGCCGUUACUUGAAGGAGAAGGGUAGUUUCGGAAAUAUUAAUCUUGGGUUGAUUCGAAAGCCCAAUUCGGAUCGCGUGCUGUCCGGAAACUCCGAUCCACCAGGGAAACAACAUAAGGCAGAUUCGGAAACCAAAACCCUCGAUGUCUUUCAGAGGGUUUUAAAAGGCGAACCGUCUCCAGGCAAAGCCAACGAAGAUUCCAACCUCAGUAACCCAUCAGAGCGAGAAAGUUCGCAGCUGACUAUUUUCUUUGGAGGUCACGUUUUAGUAUACAACGAGUUCCCUACAGACAAAGCUAAAGAGAUACUGGAAGUGGCUAAGCAAGCCAAGCCUGUGACUGAUAUUAACAUUAAGACACAAAUUAAUGUCGAAAACAACGAUAACAAAAGCAACAUGGUUCUUCCUGAUCUUAACGAGCCCACAAAUUCUGUGGAUAUCAUCAAUCAACAAAAUCAGGUCGUAGAACGUAUAGCACGUAGAGCUUCGCUUCAUCGAUUCUUUGCUAAACGGAAAGACAGAGCAGUGGCUAGAGCUCCAUACCAAGUUAACCAAAAUGUGGGUCAGCAUCAUUAUCCUCCCAAGCCAGAGACUGCCCACGGUCGAUCACUUAAAUCAGGGCAGUCGUCAAAAGCACCGGAGGAGGAUGUUGCUCAAACCAUGUCCCAGCCAAAACCAGAAGGUGAUAAAUAUAUGUCUAUAGAGACUGAAGAAGAAGGCCAGUGUUCGAAAGAUCUCCAGCUUAGGCUAUAGUAAAGUUGGCUCAAUAUUUGUUAUGAACUAAGUUUUUAGAUUAAAGUUUCCAUCCUCUUGACUAAUUUGAAUAUGUUUUUUUUUUGUUUUCUACUAAAGUCUGUAAUCUACUUAUGUAUGUAAUCAUAAUCUAACUUGAAUAUUCAUAGGGAGUUGUAAUCCUGUUUUAUAUCUCAAAUAUAGUAGAAGUUGUCAAAGUAAA